AUUUAAUGAGUGUUUUGGGGGGUUACGGGAGCAGCUUUUAUCGAGUCAUGUGUUGGAGCGUCGCCUUGCUGUAAUUUUCCCCUAAUUCUUAACCCUUCUUUGUUAAACUGGGUUUAUACACACAAUGCGGCUGUUGUGCGUCGCCUCGGUUGUUUUGUGGGCUGCCAGCGCCGCAGAGGGGAAAGCAGUCCCUUCUCUUCCUGACUUUGGGGACACCUAUCACGUCAAAGGAGUGAUCUCUUUGCCCUAUGCUGAGAUUGUGGAGCCGUUUGAGGGCUGGUUUGACCUCCCAGCAAAGUCCAGCCGGAUAGACUAUUAUCAUGGUCAGGUCUCCACUUACCAGCUGGGGGCUCAGCAGCAGUUUGGUGUUUCCUACAAAAUCACUCCGGAGACCACAGAGGCUGAGAUGAACGUCAUGAAGUGCUUUCAGGUUAACGGCACUAAGGACGAAGUGGUCAGACCGCAGGCUUCGCUGCCAGAUGUGCAGGGCUUCCAGUUCUUGAGGAUGGAGUAUUAUGGCGGCUCCCUGUGCGAGGUUUGGCAGAACGUGACCACGGUGGGUCACAAGAAGAACACCUACACGCUGUGGGUGACAAACGCAGAGAAAAGCGCAGACGGACACAAAACGACUUCCGUACCCCUGCACUACGAGAUGAUGGGCUACAACACCCUGCUGGGCUCCCAUUACGACAAGUACCUGGUGGACUACAAGGAGUUCAGCGCCCGAUUUGACCCCAAAGUCUUCUCCCUGCCUGAAGGGAUGAGCUGUGGGGGAUUUCCCGGCCCAGGGGUGGAGCACCACCUGCUGGCUAACCCAAUGAAAGAGCUCAUCCACACCUCAGCUUCGGGCCGUUCUCAGAAGAUGUUCCUUCAUUUCAAGGAGAAGUUCCAGCGUCGGUACAGCGACGACAUGGAGCACGAGGAGAGGGAGCACGCUUUUCUUCACAACCUCAGAUACGUCCACUCUAAGAACAGAGCCGGCCUGCCCUUCUCCCUGGCUCUGAACUCCCUGUCGGAUCGCACCCUGUCGGAGCUGGCAGCCAUGAGGGGGAGAAAGCGGAGCAAGACGCCAAACAACGGGCUCCCCUUCCCAUCCAAGCUGUAUGGAGGGGUGAAAGUACCCGAGUCGCUAGACUGGAGACUGUACGGCGCUGUGACUCCAGUGAAGGACCAAGCCAUCUGUGGAUCCUGCUGGAGCUUUGCCACCACUGGGGCAGUAGAGGGCGCUCUCUUCCUAAAGACGGGCUCCCUGCAGGUUCUGUCCCAGCAGAUGCUGGUGGACUGCUCCUGGGGUUUUGGCAACAACGGCUGCGACGGAGGGGAGGAAUGGAGGGCAUACGAGUGGAUUAUGAAACAUGGAGGCAUCGCCACCACAGAAACCUACGGAGCCUAUAUGGGAAUGAAUGGCUUCUGCCAUCUGAACUCAUCGCAGCUCACCGCACACAUCAAAAGCUACACCAACGUGACAUCAGGCGACGCAGAGGCCCUCAAGCUGGCCCUCUUCAAGAACGGGCCAGCAGCCGUCAGCAUCGAUGCCUCGCACAGAUCGUUCGUUUUUUACAGCCACGGCGUUUACUACGAACCGGCCUGUGGGAAUACCACGGAUGACUUGGACCACGCCGUGCUUGCAGUGGGGUACGGCACUUUGAACGGGGAGCCAUACUGGUUGAUCAAGAACUCCUGGUCCACGUACUGGGGCAACGACGGCUACAUCCUGAUGUCUAUGAAGGACAACAACUGCGGAGUCACCACAGAUGCUACAUACGUCACGCUGGCCUAGAUGCGUCCUGUUUGUCGUCUACGUCAACGCCCAUGUUUAUGCUGUUUACCUGAAGCUGCCGUGUCAGUGCCUGGGUCUCAGUGACGCGUAACGUUGUGUGUGUGUGGCGAUGCAGCUCCCGCAUCAGUUUAAACUGCCUGAAAAUAUCGUUUUGCACAACUUGCACAAAGAAUCAGUCUCUUUGUUUGUUUCUUUCAAACAACUUUAUUGCUGGAGGCACCGAGGCGCGGCGCCUUUAUUUCAGUUAUGCAAAGUACAUUACGUGACACAUUUCUACUUGAUCAUUGCAGAAAACCGUAGCAUUCAAAUACAUUUGACUAGAAGUCAUUACAAUAAAAAUGCUGAAGGCAG